AAGACUCGCUCGCCCUUCGCCACCCAACAAACAAACCCUGGCAAGCAGCAGAGAGAGAUAACAAAAAAGAUGGACAACUCCGCCACCCUUGAGAUCACAAUCAUCUCCGCCGAGGAUCUCCGGCUCAGCCACCGACCCCUCAAGAAGAACGCCUUCGUGACGGUACGCUCGAGCACCCUCAACGCCGGCGGCGCGUCGUCGACGAGCCUGGACCGAGAUGGCGGGAGCUACCCUUAUUGGAACGAGAAGCUCGAGGUGGGUCUCCCGUCCUCGGCGCGCUCGAUAUCGGUGGAGGUUCGCUGCAAGACCGGCACGGGGGAGAGGUUGGUGGCGGUGGCCGCCAUCCCGGUCUCGGACUUCUGCGAGCCGGCCGACUACUUGCACUUCCUUAGCUACAGGCUGAGGGAGAGGGAUGGAGAGCGCAAUGGGAUCAUUAAUCUCUCUUUGAGGAUGAAGGGUGCAAGUCCUUUUGGACGUCGAGCGGAGCGGCCGCCGGCGGCGCCACCGACGACGUGGGCUCGAGGUGAGGAGAGGAGGAAUCAUGGAGUGGCCUUGGGAUAUCCUAUGGAUUAUGGAUACCGUGUGUGAGGAUGGGUUGGAGUGUCAUUUGAUUGAGAAUUGUUUUCUUUUUCAGUUGAUUUUUUUUUUUUUGAAAAGAAAAGUUUCAAAGGUACAGUCAUCAACAUUUGGAAAUUACAGAAAGAUUUCUUUUUUUUUUUUGGUAAGAAAGAUUCUUUUUUUUGGUUACCCAGUUCUUUGUUACCAUGGAUUUGCAUCUUUUUAAACAUUGGCAGAGAGCUACUAUAUAUAUUUAGAAAUCUUAUGGCAUGAUGUGUAUGUAUAUGAUAUAAAUAAAUGUAUUUGUAUACAAGAAAUUAAAAGGAAAUAAAAUUGGCAGAGAGAUACCAUAAUUAGAAAUUUUUUGG